CUUGCCCAAAUUACCACCCUCUCUUUCUUUUGCCAACGACAUCAUUUUCCUUGAGAUUAACGUCAAUGUUUCACCCAGUAACUUAACCUAAGUUAUUAUAAUUUAAAAGAAAUACAUAAUAUUUUUAAACGUUUUAUAUUAUUUUGAAUAAGUCCAAACACCAGCGAGAACAUGAAUACUGAAAUUCGACUGUCGACGACUGGAAAGGGAAAGUGCCUGCAUGCGGUAACUCACAUUGCCAAAGAUGCGGUAAUAUUUGAGGAGAUCCCACUGGUGUCUUGCCAAUUCUCUUGGAACGAAACUUGCAUGUAUAAAGCCUGCAAUCAUUGUUUGAGACCAUUAGAAACUGCUGAAGAAAACGUGAGGCGACUCACUGGAAAUUCAAGCUGGGUAUUGCCGUACCCACAAUGCUGCACAACUAAGAAAGAAGACAUUAUCAGAUGCCCGGAUUGUAGCACUGAGUAUUGCUCAGAAAACUGCAAAACGCUCGCGUUUGAUGAGUAUCAUAAAACCAUUUGCUCUCGAACUUUGGACGACAGAAGUGCGCAUCCAAUAAUUCAACUGCAAGAGGCAUGGAAACAAAUCCACUAUCCUCCAGAAACAUCCUCAAUUUUUCUUAUGGUGAGAUUGCUGGCAAAAAUUAUCCAAGCUCCUAAUACAGAAGAAGCAAUUGAAACGACUUUGAGUUUCUGCCACCGGAGUGUUAAUGAAGAUGCAGAAUUAGCUCACAAAUUCCUAGGAAAAAAGUUUUCGCAUCAAGUUAAUUUACUUAGAGAGCUGAUUGCAAAUGCUUUACCUAAUCCUAAAGUUCAACAGUUUUUAACACAAGAAGGUUUUCAAUCUCUUGUUGCUCUAAUCGGCACGAACGGCCAAGGAGUGGGCUCCAGUCCCUUUAGUUCUUGGAGACGAAAUGUCGAAAAACUGAAUUUGUCUGCAGAACAAAAAGAGCAAAUAGAUUCUCUAGUUGACAGAAUAUACGAUGAGAUGUAUAGUCAUACAGGAGACUUUUUGAACAGUGAAGGAGUCGGCCUGUAUGCCAGACAAAGCUGUGCUAAUCAUAGUUGUGACCCAAAUGCUGAAAUUAGCUUUGUACACAAUAAUUACAGGUUGUCACUGAUUGCAUUGAAAGACAUUCAACCAGGUGAAGAAAUAUGCAUUAGUUACUUGGGAGAUUGCGAUAACGAAAGGUCGAGACAUUCCAGACGAAAAACUCUGAUGGAAAAUUACUUAUUCGCUUGUGAAUGUUCAAAAUGUUUAGCGGAAAUUGACGAUCCGGAUGUAACUAGUGAAGAAGAAAUGUCUGCAGAAGAGGACGAUUAGUUACAUUUUUAUAUCAGAAAUAUGGUUUGUAAUUUAAUAAAAGAUUUAACACCAUAAUGACCUAAGUUUUGAAAAUACUAUAAUUAUAUUGGUCCCGCUAGUCUGGGAUACUAAGGUUGAAUAAAACCAAUCCAGAUUGA